UAUUCGGGUAUUUUUUUGGUACACGUGUUUGAGCAAUACAACGUGCUUGAAUUUCGAUUACGAAACCAAGUUUGUAGUAAAUAAUUUUCCUUGAUUAAUCAUUUUUUUUCUUUGAUUUACAAAAUUAGACAAACAACCAAACAUGUCCGGUGAACCUCAAGAAGUAUUUUUCGAUCAUGAAGGCCAAUCGGCAGUAUUCUUAGAAUUAGGUGGAUCGAGAUGUGCCAUAUUAAUAAAUAUAUCUCGCCAAAUGCCUUACAAUCGUUUCUGGUAUUUACAGUUUCCAAAUUCUGAUGAUUUCAUGUAUCUAUUAAGACGAUUAUUUCCAGAAAGUCUUAAUCAAACUUUUAUUAACGUGAUUGCACCGGAAUGGCUUGAAGAAUUUGCAGAUAACGUAAAAAUCGGUAAUAAUCAUAUUUACGAUCAUAUUUUUAUAUAUACUAAAAUAAUGAUGAUUUACUUAAAAAUAGCUGAUACAUUACAAGAUUUAAUUGAUGAUGAUUCAGCAUCAUUGUCGGCUGUUGGCCGAAUACAAACAAUGGUCAUACUCUUUCAACCUGAAGUUCAAUCGAUUGUUAUUCGUUAUUCAAAUUGAAUUUAUCCGAUACUAAAAAUGUAUUAAAUUUAAUAAUUUUUUCAUUUACAAAAACACUAUACACACUUUCGAUUCAAUUCUACAUU